CAGGGAGCGCCGCGGCGACCCCAGGAGGUGGUGGCUGGCACAGGAGCCCAGGCCGCGCGGGACUGGCCGUCGGGGCCCUGAGACGGCGGCUCCGGGGGCGCCCAUGCCAUGGAGAAGCUGGCGGCCGGGCUGGCCGGCUUGCGCUGGAGCAUGGGCGCCUUCCCGCUGGACCUCAUCGUUAGCCGGUGCCGCUUGCCCACGCUCGCCUGCCUCGGGCCAGGGGAGUAUGCCGAGGGCGUCAGUGAGCGAGACAUCCUGCUCAUUCAUUCCUGCCGCCAGUGGACAACGGUGACAGCCCACACCCUGGAGGAGGGCCACUACGUCAUUGGGCCCAAGAUUGACAUCCCACUACAGUACCCAGGGAAGUUCAAGCUCCUGGAGCAGGCCCGGGAUGUGCGGGAGCCAGUGAGGUACUUCAGCAGCGUGGAGGAGGUGGCCAGUGUCUUCCCUGACCGCAUCUUUGUGAUGGAAGCCAUCACCUUCAGUGUCAAGGUGGUGUCAGGCGAGUUCAGCGAGGACAGCGAAGUGUACAACUUCACUCUGCACGCGGGCGAUGAGCUCACUCUCAUGGGGCAGGCGGAGAUCCUGUGCGCCAAGACCACCAAGGAGCGCUCGCGCUUCACCACCCUGCUGCGCAAGCUGGGCCGGGCCGGGGCGCUGGCCGGGGUGAGCGGCGGUGGCCCCGGGGGCGCAGGGGCCGCGGGCGGCGGUGGGGGCUCCAGGCCCAUCAAAGGCAAGAUGCCCUGCCUCAUCUGUAUGAACCAUCGCACCAACGAGAGCCUGAGCCUGCCCUUCCAGUGCCAGGGCCGCUUCAGCACACGCAGCCCGCUGGAGCUGCAGAUGCAGGAGGGUGAGCACACGGUGCGCGCCAUCAUCGAGCGCGUGCGGCUACCGGUGAACGUGCUGGUGCCCAGCCGGCCGCCGCGCAACCCCUACGACCUGCACCGGGUGCGGGAGGGCCACUGCUACAAGCUAGUCAGCAUCAUCUCCAAGACAGUGGUGCUGGGGCUGGCGCUGCGCCGCGAGGGCCCGGCGCCGCUGCACUUCCUGCUGCUCACCGACACGCCGCGCUUCACGCUGCCGCAGGGUCUGCUGGCGGGGGACCCGCGCGUCGAGCGCCUGGUGCGCGACAGUGCCUCCUACUGCCGUGAGCGCUUCGACCCCGACGAGUACUCCACGGCCGUGCGCGAGGCGCCCGCCGAGCUGGCCGACGACUGUGCCAGCCCGCGCCGCGCGCGCCUCUGCCUGCCUGCGCCCCCGCGCGCCCCCGGGCCCGCCCGCGCUCCCGCCCCCGGCCCGCCCGGCGACAGCGACCAGGAGUACAUGAGCCCCGACUGGGCCAGUGCUCCCGAGCCCGCCGCGCCGCCCGCCGAGAUCCCCUACGAGGAGCUGUGGGCCCACCAGGCGGCCGAGGCUUUCGAGGGCAGGGCUCGGCCGCUCCCGGGGCCCGACCUCAUCUCCUUCGGGGCCACCGGGCCGCCCCGCUUGGAGCCCGAGGCGGCGCCGCCUCCUGUGCCUCCCAAGUCCGAGGCGGUGAAGGAGGAGUGCCGCCUGCUCAACACCCCCCCUGUACCCCCCCGGGGUGGUAGUGGCAGCGGCUGGCUCUCGGGCAGCCCUCCAGUGCCCCCACGCUUCCCCAAGCUGCAGCCUGUCCACUCACCCAGCUCCAGCCUCUCCUACUACUCCUCUGGCCUCCAGGAUGGGGCGGGUUCCCGCAGUGGCAGUGGUUCUCCAUCACCAGACGCCUACUCCCUCUAUUGCUACCCAUGCACCUGGGGAGACUGCAAGGUGGGCGAGUCCUCCAGCCGCCCACCCCCGGGACCCCUACCCUCCACCACGCAGCCCAGCCAGGCCUCCCGGGCCCUUGGAGAGCCCCUGAGCAGUCGAGCUGCCUCCCUCCUGGGGGCUGACACCCCCGUCAAGACCUAUCACAGCUGCCCGCCUCCGUUUAAGCCGUCUCACCCCCAGAAACGCUUUGCUCCUUUUGGAGCUCUCAACCCCUUUUCUGGGCCUGCCUACCCCACAGGCCCUUCAGUGGCCUCCUCUCCUGUGCCCACAGCCACCUUGGGCCCUCUGGCUACCUCCAGCCCUGCUUAUUCCCCAGGCCCAGGCUUGCCAGGCCAGGCCUAUUCUGCUGCUCCCACCUCCUCCUCCUCCUCCUCUGAGUGGCAGGAGCCAGCCCCAGAGCCCUUCGACCCCUUUGAGCUAGGCCAGGGCAGUUCACCAGAGCCUGAGCUGCUGCGCUGUCAGGAACCCAGAGCUGUGGGGGCGCCUGGACCUGGCCUUUCACCCCUUGGAUCCCCGAAGGCCUUUGAGCCCGAAGGUUUGGUGCUGCGGCAGGUCCCCACUCCCCUGUCACCAGUGGGCCUGCAGGGGCCUGAUGCAGGCGGAACACGACUCCUCCUCACCCAGGGGCGCCUAGAAGGGCCUCCAGCCAGUCCCCGGGAUGGGGCCACAGGCUGGGGAGGCCGGGACGCCGCCUCCUGGCAGCCCCCCGCUGACCUGUCUGCACUCUCCCUGGAGGAGGUCUCCCGAAGUCUGCGUUUCAUUGGGCUCUCAGAGGAUGUGGUGAGCUUCUUUGCCCGAGAACGCAUUGAUGGCAGCAUCUUCGUGCAGCUCAGUGAGGACAUCUUGGCAGAUGACUUCCACCUCACCAAGCUGCAGGUCAAGAAGAUCAUGCAGUUCAUCAAAGGCUGGCGGCCCAAGAUCUGACUUCCCAGCUUGUAGGUGCACAACUGGAAUGCUGGUGCGGAGGCCCUGAAGGCCAGCCCUGGGUCUGCUGGGGGCAGCACUCCCAGAAGCGCUCCAGCGGGAGAAUCCAUGCCAGACUGAGGCAGCUAAGCAGCUACGCAGAGUGAAUCCAGGGGAGACACAUGUGGUAAUGGGGAGCCUCUUGGCCAGACCCUUGCAGGCGUCUUGCCUUUGAGUGUGUGGAGUAAGUGGAGGGGUGGAGGCACCAGUGCACGCUUCGAUUCCCAUCGAGGUGGGAUGGGGAGGGGUCACAAGCUGGCCUUCAUGGUGACCUCACAGCUCCCUCCGCCCUGCGGCAGAGCUCCACCAAUCCCUCCCGCGUCUCAAGCUUGUAGGUGCAGGUUGGAGACAAGGGAAGAUGGCCCAUAAGUUAAGCACAAAUUCCCAAGUGCCCUCUCUCUGUGCUCUGUGGGCACAUGGCCUAAGCUGCCCCAGCGUCUGAGUGCCCCUCCUCCCUGCUCUGCUCCACCGUGUUGGGUCCCUGGCCUUGAGCACAGGUGUGACAAGUGCAGCCUGUGCUGCCCACCUCAGAGGCUCCAUCUCUGGGUUCUGGUUUGUGGGUGAUGCCCUUGGAAGAGCACAGCUCUGCUGCUGGCCUACUUCCCUAGUUCAGGGAGGCAGAUACUCCCCACAUACGCAGUGCCCUAGCUUCUGCCCCGGGCUCACUGCACCCAGUCCUCCAUUACACCUGAUGGAUCCAGUCCAUGAAGACUGACUCUGUGGAGGAGCAGGUGGAUUGAGGGCAGCUGCUCCCUGAUGCUAGAGGCAAGUGGUCUUUGAUUACUCCCACUUCCACUAGGCUCCUGCCCCUACUGCUGGGUGCCCUUCCUGGUUUCCUGUCACUGGCACCGGCUGGGUGGGUAGGAGAGAAAGCAUGGGCGCUUGGGAAAACUGGCCUUUUCCCUCCUGGAGCUCAGUCCUCCUGCACUUGUCCACCUGCUUCAAAGCAGGUCUUGGUGCCCUGGACCUCAAGCAUGGUGCUCUGCCAGCACCAGAGCCGGUUGGCCCUCAUGUCUGCCCACCCACCCUGUGCCCUUCCCCACCUCGCCUACCAGAACCGCACUCAUUCCCGUGCCGCUAGUGUCAGGCCCAGGGGCAUCAGCCUUCUCGUCUGCCUUACCUAGCCUACCUAGAUAUUUAUUUCCUCUGUUUUCCUAUCUUAAGAGUAGCGAAGCCAUGCUGGGGCUCACGCCCUAAGCAAGGCUGCCUGGGCGCUGAGGGAAGGGGAGUCAGGAAGUAGAGCACAGAAACUGUGAUGCUGAGACAUUUGGUUUCCUUGCUGGUCACUUAAUGAAUCCUCAAGGGCUAGUGAAAUAAACGCUAGACCACUGAAGACUA